GAGAACAUCCGAGAUUGCUUGGGUCUGUAGCCACUAGUCCAAAUACUUCUGGAUGUUCAGAUUGGCUUUACACAGGGGUGGCUUUCACAGUUAGUGCUCUAUAAUGGCAGUUGAUGACAGCAACUUGUAUUCUAGGACUAAGAGUAAACUGAUUUCCUAUCAGACUUGUUAUAAAUCAACAAGACGGAGAAGCCUACCACCAGACAUCGUGCCAGAAAAUGAUUUUAAAGGCAAGUUUCAAAGAAAUAUUAGGAAUAUAGAGCCUAUACAUCCAAGGCGCCCUAAGAAAAGACCUUCUAUAUUUUCAGUGAAAAUAUUGUCGCAUUUAGAAGUCUUGAGGCACUCUCUCAAAGCAUUUCUGGAGUUCAGACCAGCAUACAAUCUAGCAAAGUCACUUUCUAAAAUAACUUCUCCAGUUGGUAACGGAUAUAUCAAGCCACCCGUCCCACCUGUUUCUGGUACACAGAGAGAAAAAGGACCUCCAGCCAUGUUGCCUAUCAACGUUGACCCAGACAGCAAACCAGGCGAAUAUGUCCUGAAGAGCUUGUUUGUUAACUUUACUACUCAGGCUGAACGCAAGAUUCGCAUCAUCAUGGCAGAACCUCUUGAGAAGCCACUGACCAAAUCUCUGCAACGAGGAGAAGACCCUCAGUUUGAUCAAGUAAUAAGCUCAAUGAGCUCACUUUCAGAAUAUUGUCUACCCUCUAUCCUGCGCACUUUGUUUGAUUGGUAUAAAAGACAGAAUGGCAUAGAAGAUGAAUCUCAUGAGUACAGACCAAGAACAAGCACUAAAUCCAAAAGUGAUGAACAGCAGAGGGACUAUUUAAUGGAAAGAAGAGAUCUGGCUAUUGAUUUUAUUUUUUCUUUAGUAUUAAUAGAAGUUUUGAAACAGAUUCCACUUCAUCCUGUAAUAGACAGUUUGGUACAUGAUGUUAUUAACUUGGCUUUCAAGCACUUUAAAUACAAAGAAGGGUACCUUGGUCCUAACACUGGAAAUAUGCACAUUGUUGCGGAUUUGUAUGCAGAAGUAAUAGGUGUUCUAGCUCAAGCAAAAUUUCCUGCUGUAAAGAAGAAAUUUAUGGCAGAGUUAAAAGAGUUACGGCAUAAAGAACAAAGCCCAUACGUAGUUCAAAGCAUUAUCAGUCUUAUAAUGGGAAUGAAAUUCUUUCGCAUUAAGAUGUAUCCUGUGGAGGACUUUGAAGCUUCUCUUCAGUUUAUGCAGGAAUGUGCACAUUACUUCCUUGAAGUUAAAGACAAAGAUAUCAAGCAUGCACUGGCAGGACUGUUUGUUGAAAUUCUUGUCCCUGUAGCUGCUGCUGUUAAAAAUGAAGUGAAUGUCCCCUGUCUGAGGAACUUUGUUGAAAGCCUGUAUGAUACAACACUUGAACUUUCCUCACGAAAGAAGCACUCAUUGGCUUUGUACCCUUUGGUAACAUGCCUGCUUUGUGUCAGUCAGAAGCAGUUCUUUUUAAACAGAUGGCAUAUUUUCCUCAACAACUGUCUAUCCAAUCUCAAGAAUAAGGACCCAAAAAUGGCUCGAGUUGCACUGGAAUCUCUGUACAGACUACUGUGGGUUUACAUGAUCAGAAUUAAAUGUGAAAGCAACACAGCUACCCAAAGUCGACUUAUUACUAUUGUCACAACACUUUUUCCAAAAGGGUCCCGUGGUGUUGUGCCAAGAGAUAUGCCUCUAAACAUCUUUGUGAAGAUAAUACAGUUUAUUGCACAGGAACGUUUAGAUUUUGCAAUGAAAGAAAUUAUCUUUGACUUCCUUUGUGUCGGAAAACCAGCAAAAGCUUUCAGUCUCAACCCUGAGAGAAUGAAUAUUGGUCUGAGAGCUUUCUUGGUAAUUGCGGAUAGCUUACAGCAAAAAGAUGGUGAACCUCCAAUGCCAGUGACUGGAGCUGUCCUUCCCUCUGGAAACACCCUCAGAGUGAAGAAAACGUAUUUGAGCAAAACUCUUACAGAGGAGGAAGCUAAAAUGAUAGGUAUGUCAUUAUAUUAUUCUCAAGUAAGAAAAGCUGUGGACAACAUACUCAGACACCUUGACAAGGAAGUGGGGCGGUGCAUGAUGCUAACCAACAUACAGAUGCUUAACAAAGAACCUGAAGACAUGAUUACCGGUGAAAGAAAACCAAAAAUCGAUUUAUUCAGAACAUGUGUUGCUGCUAUUCCUCGACUGCUUCCUGAUGGAAUGUCAAAACUUGAGUUGAUCGACUUGCUGGCAAGGCUAUCUAUCCAUAUGGAUGAUGAACUUCGACACAUUGCACAGAAUUCUCUUCAGGGUCUACUUGUUGACUUUGUUGACUGGCGGGAGGAUGUACUCUUUGGUUUUACUAAUUUUCUGCUACGUGAAGUGAAUGAUAUGCAUCAUACCCUUCUUGAUACUUCACUGAAGUUGCUGCUACAGUUGCUUACGCAAUGGAAGCUUGUAAUACACACUCCAGGAAAAGCUUCUGAACAGGCGAAAACCAGAUCUGCAGAGUUGAUACCAAAUGGAUCCAGCCACAGAAUACAGUCUGAAAGAAGCCCCUAUUCUAAUGUACUACAUGCAGUCGAAGGAUUUGCACUGGUUCUGCUGUGUAGUUUCCAGGUUGCUACACGUAAACUAGCUGUUUUAAUCCUCCGAGAGAUCCGUGCUUUAUUCCUGGCCCUUGGCCAAGCAGAGGAUGAUGACAGGCCUAUGAUUGACGUCAUGGAUCAAUUGAGUUCUUCUAUUCUUGAAAGUUUUAUUCACGUGGCUGUUUCGGAUUCAACAGCAAUCCCAUUAACACACAGUGUGGAUUUGCAGUGGCUGGUGGAGUGGAAUGCUGUUCUAGUAAACAGCCAUUAUGAUGUGAAAAGUCCUUCUCACGUCUGGAUAUUUGCACAGUCCGUUAAAGACCCAUGGGUACUCUGCCUCUUCAGUUUUCUUAGACAGGAGAAUUUACCAAAACAUUGUCCUACAGCUCUCAGCUAUGCUUGGCCGUACGCUUUCACGAGGCUACAGCUGAUAAUGCCUCUUGUGGAUCCAAAUAUUCCUGUUAAUGCAAAGAAAACAAGUACAGCAAGCAGUGGAGACAACUAUGUUACUUUGUGGAGAAACUAUCUUAUUCUCUGUUUUGGAGUAGCAAAGCCCAGUAUUAUGAGCCCAGGACACUUGCGUGCUUCAACACCAGAGAUCAUGGCUACCACUCCUGAUGGAACAGUCAACUAUGAUAAUAAGGCUAUUGGAACUCCAUCUGUUGGAGUCUUACUAAAGCAGCUAGUGCCUUUGAUGAGACUUGAAAGCAUAGAAAUAACAGAAUCACUUGUAUUAGGAUUUGGAAGAACAAAUUCCCUUGUUUUCAGGGAAUUAGUGGAAGAACUUCACCCGCUAAUGAAAGAAGCCCUAGAAAGAAGACCAGAGAACAAGAAACGUCGAGAACGCCGAGACCUACUAAGACUACAGUUACUGCGAAUUUUUGAACUACUAGCUGAUGCUGGUGUUAUAAGUGACAGUACAAAUGGAGCCUUAGAAAGAGAUACGUUAGCCCUUGGAGCCUUGUUCUUGGAGUAUGUUGAUCUGACUCGCAUGCUUCUAGAGGCUGAAAAUGAUAAAGAAGUCGAAAUCCUUAAGGAUAUGAGAGCACAUUUCAGCGCAAUGAUUGCCAACUUGAUUCAGUGUGUUCCAGUUCACCACAGGAGAUUUCUCUUCCCUCAGCAGAGCUUGAGGCAUCACCUGUUCAUCUUAUUCAGCCAGUGGGCAGGACCUUUCAGUAUUAUGUUCACACCGCUGGACCGUUACAGUGAUAGAAAUCAUCAGAUUACAAGAUACCAGUAUUGUGCAUUAAAGGCCAUGUCAGCUGUGCUCUGCUGUGGACCUGUAUUUGAUAAUGUUGGUCUUUCCCCUGACGGAUAUCUUUACAAAUGGCUUGAUAACAUUCUGGCUUGUCAAGAUUUACGUGUUCAUCAGCUUGGCUGUGAAGUUGUAGUCCUGUUGCUAGAACUGAAUCCUGAUCAAAUCAAUCUCUUCAACUGGGCUAUCGAUCGAUGUUAUACCGGUUCAUACCAGCUUGCCUCUGGAUGUUUCAAAGCCAUUGCAACUGUGUGUGGAAGCAGGAACUAUCCUUUUGAUAUAGUGACGCUUUUAAACUUGGUGCUGUUCAAGGCAUCUGACACCAACAGAGAGAUUUAUGAAAUUUCCAUGCAACUUAUGCAGAUCCUUGAAUCAAAGCUUUUUGUUUAUUCAAAAAAGGUAGCUGAGCAAAGACCGGGCAGUAUCUUGUAUGGUACACAUGGUCCGUUGCCACCUCUUUACAGUGUCUCACUUGCCCUUCUUUCAUACGAACUAGCAAGGAUGUAUCCUGAACUUACCCUUCCACUUUUUUCAGAGGUAAGCCAACGAUUUCCAACAACACAUCCGAAUGGAAGACAGAUCAUGCUUACCUAUCUGCUACCAUGGCUUCAUAAUAUUGAACUUGUAGACAACAGACUGCUCCUCCCUGGUUCAAGCCCUACCACUCCAGAAGAUGAACUGAAGGACAAGGAUGGAGAAGUAACAGUCACAAGUGGACUAAAAGGCAAUGGCUGGGGCUCUCCUGAGGCCACCUCACUGGUUCUCAAUAAUCUCAUGUAUAUGACAGCCAAGUAUGGAGAUGAAAUUCCUGGACCAGAGAUGGAAAAUGUCUGGAAUGCUUUGGCCAACAAUGAAAAAUGGAGUAACAACCUUAGGAUAACACUGCAAUUUCUCAUUAGUUUGUGUGGUGUUAGCAGUGAUACCAUCCUUUUACCGUAUAUAAAAAAGGUUGCAAUAUAUCUAUGUCGCAAUAACACUAUUCAGACAAUGGAAGAGCUUCUUUUUGAGCUGCAGCAAACCGACCCAGUGAACCCAAUAGUCCAGCAUUGCGAUAAUCCUCCAUUUUACCGUUUUGCUGCCAGUAACAAAGCCUCAGCUGCAGCUUCUGGAACCACGUCUAGCAGUAACACUGUUGUAGCUGGCCAGGAUAGUUUUCCUGAUGUAGAGGAGAACAGAAUGGUGAAAGAGACUGAUGAAAGGUUCAGUAAUGUAAUCAGAGCACAUACCCGACUAGAAUCGAGGUACAGUAAUAGCUCCGGAGGAUCUUACGAUGAUGACAAAAAUGAUCCUGUUUCUCCAUAUACAAGCUGGUUAUUGAAUAUUGUUGAAACCAAACAACCACAUCCUCUGCCCAUGCCUUACAAUGGAGGAUGUUGGGCACCGCUUGUGGACUACCUCCCAGAAACCAUCACACCCCGUGGGCCCCUUCAUAGGUGCAAUAUUGCUGUUAUCUUCAUGACUGAGAUGGUAGUGGAUCACAGUGUGAGAGAAGAUUGGGCUCUUCACCUCCCUUUAUUGCUGCAUGCUCUCUUUUUAGGUCUUGACCAUUACCGCCCUGAGGUCUUUGAACACAGUAAAAAGUUACUGCUUCAUCUUUUGAUUGCGUUAUCUUGCAAUAGCAACUAUCAAGCCAUUGCAUCUGUGCUUCUUCAGACCAGAGAGAUGAACGAGACCAAGACUCUGACAGUACAACCGGCAUACUUACCUGAAUAUCUUUAUACAGGUGGCUUUGACUUUCUGCGGGAAUACCAGUCAUCUCCGGUGCCAGACUCUGGCUUGAGCUCCAGUUCCACCUCCUCCAGUAUCAGUCUGGGAGGCAGCAGUGGAAAUCUCCCACAGAUUACACAAGAGGUUGAGGACAUGGACACUGCUGCUGAAACAGAUGAGAAAGCAAACAAAUUAAUUGAGUUUCUGACAACCAGGGCAUUUGGUCCGCUUUGGUGCCAUGAAGAUAUCACACCCAAAAACCAGAACACCAAGAGUGCUGAACAGCUUACUAAUUUUCUGCGUCAUGUUGUAUCUGUAUUUAAAGAUUCCAAGUCAGGUUUUCAUUUGGAGCAGCAUCUGAGUGAAGUUGCUUUACAAACAGCUCUUUCAAGCUCUUCAAGACAUUACGCAGGUCGCUCUUUCCAGAUAUUCAGAGCCCUAAAGCAGCCUCUUUCUGCACAUGCGUUGUCUGACCUCCUGUCAAGAUUGGUGGAAGUUAUUGGAGAACAUGGAGAUGAGAUUCAGGGGUAUGUAAUGGAGGCGCUACUUACUUUGGAAGCUGCUGUGGAUAAUCUGUCUGACUGUUUGAAGAACAGUGAUCUUUUGACGGUGUUAUCACGUUCAUCUUCGCCAGAUUUAACAUCAAGCACCAAACUGACUGCAAACCGGAAGAGCACAGGACAGCUGAAUGUGAAUCCUGCAAGCGGUAACACAGCCACUGCUGAACGAAGCAGACACCAGAGGAGCUUCUCUGUACCCAAAAAAUUUGGAGAUGUGGACAAGUCCUCAGACCCACCGCGCAGUGCCACCCUUGACAGAAUUCAGGCGUGCACCCAACAAGGCCUGUCCUCUAAAACCAGAAGUUCAUCUUCUCUAAAGGACAGUCUCACUGACCCAUCCCAUAUUAACAAUCCAACCAACCUACUGGCCACCAUCUUCUGGGUUGCUGUGGCUUUGAUGGAAUCAGAUUUUGAGUUUGAGUAUCUAAUGGCAUUGCGGUUACUGAAUAAACUUCUGGCUCAUUUGCCACUAGAUAAAGCCGAAAACCGGGAGAAGUUAGAGAAGUUGCAAGGGCAGCUGAAGUGGGCAGACUUCUCAGGGCUUCAGCAGCUACUCCUGAAAGGAUUCACCUCCCUUACUACCACCGAUCUCACACUACAGCUCUUUAGUUUGUUGACACCAGUGUCUCGAGUAUCCAUGGUGGAUUCCUCUCAAGCUAUAGGAUUUCCACUGAAUGUUUUGUGUCUCCUGCCCCAUUUAAUUCAGCAUUUUGACAGCCCAAACCAGUUUUGUAAAGAUAUAGCCGAAAGGAUCGCUCAGGUUUGUUUGGAGGAGAAGAACCCCAAGCUAUCAAAUCUUGCGCAUGUCAUGACCCUUUAUAAAACACACAGCUAUACAAGGGACUGUGCUACCUGGGUAAAUGUGGUUUGCCGUUACCUUCAUGAAGCAUUUGCUGAUAUUACUUUGAGUAUGGUUACGUAUUUGGCUGAGCUACUAGAAAAGGGCCUUCCUAGUAUGCAACAGUCCCUCUUACAGAUGAUCUACAGUCUUCUUAGUUACAUGGACCUGUCGGCUAUUCCUGUGAAACAGUUUAACAUGGAAGUGCUAAAAACUAUUGAAAAAUAUGUACAGAGCAUUCACUGGAGAGAAGCCUUGAACAUCCUGAAGUUGGUAGUUUCUCGUUCUGCCAGUUUAGUUUUACCAUCCUAUCAACACAGUGAUCUUUCAAAAAUGGAAAUACAUCGAGUAUGGAACAGUGCCUCCAAGGAGCUACCGGGGAAGACUUUAGAGUUUCAUUUUGAUAUUUCAGAGACUCCAAUUAUUGGGAGACGGUAUGAUGAGCUGCAGAGUUCUUCUGGACGAGAUGGUAAACCCAGGGCAAUGGCUGUCACUCGAAGCACUUCUUCAACCUCAUCAGGAUCUAAUUCCAAUGUCCUUGUUCCUGUGAGCUGGAAGAGACCCCAGUACUCUCAGAAAAGGACAAAGGAAAAGCUGGUGCACGUCCUUUCCCUGUGUGGUCAGGAAGUUGGGCUGAGUAAAAACCCUUCAGUAAUUUUUUCUUCCUGUGGUGAUUUGGAUCUGAUUGAGCACCAGACGAGCUUGGUGUCUUCAGAAGACGGAACAAGGGAGCAGGAGAACAUGGAUGAUUCAAACAGUGAACAGCAAUUCAGAGUCUUUAGGGACUUUGAUUUCCUAGAUGUUGAGCUGGAAGAUGGGGAGGGUGAGAGCAUGGACAACUUCAACUGGGGAGUGCGCAGGAGGUCCCUGGAUAGCCUGGACAAGUGUGACAUGCAGCUGCUGGAAGAGAGCCAGCUCUCGGGGAGUACGCCCAGCCUGAACAAAAUGAACCGUGAGGACUCCGAUGAGUCAUCAGAGGAGGAGGACCUGACCACCAGCCAAAUCCUGGAGAACUCAGACCUAAUUAUAACUCUUUCCCCUUCUGAGGAUGCAAAUCAUAUUGACUCACUUUCUACAUCAUGUGACACAACCUCAGCAGACCCUCAUCAUUUUAAUAUAGGAGCGUCCAGCUUUGAUGUGUCUUUGCCUGAGAUGAAUAAUCUCCAAGUGUCUGAAGGAUCCAAGGUUGAAGCUGUACAUGAAGAACAAGAUACAGGAGUCCACGAGGAUGACCUUUCAGGAUCUACAAAUGAACUCCCUGGAGCAUUUGAAUGCAGUGAUAGCCUUAGUCUGGAUAUGACAGAGACUGAAGAGAAAGUUGACAGGCUAGAACAAUUUGCUCUUGCUAGUUUUGGAGACGUUGAUCGAAAUGCCUCCCCUCCUCCAUCACCAUUUUUUUCUGCCAUCCUUGCUGCAUUUCAGCCAGCAGCAUGUGAUGAUGCAGAAGAAGCCUGGCGUAGUCAUAUCAACCAGCUCAUGUGCGACUCCGAUGGUUCCUGUGCAGUUUAUACAUUUCAUGUGUUCUCUUCCCUGUUUAAGAAUAUUCAGAAAAGAUUCUGCUUCCUAACCUGCGAUGCAGCUAGUUACUUGGGAGACAACCUGCGAGGAAUAGGCUCCAAGUUUGUGAGGUCUUCUCAGAUGUUAACAUCAUGUUCAGAAUGUCCCACCCUUUUUGUAGAUGCAGAAACACUGCUCUCUUGUGGCCUUCUUGAAAAGCUGAAGUUCAGUGUUUUAGAACUGCAGGAGUACCUGGACACAUACAACAACAGGAAAGAAGCAACGCUCUCGUGGCUUGCAAACUGCAAAGCAACAUUUGCUGGAGGCUCACGAGAUGGAGUUAUUACCUGCCAGCCAGGGGACUCAGAAGAGAAGUGUUGCCAUUCAAGAGUGAAUUUGAUCCCUGCCGGAGAACCUCGGGCUGUGUCCCUGCUAGAGAAGUAAACGGGAGCAGGGAGCAAGCAUGCGCCCCGGGCUGGCAUUAGGGGUGAACGUUCGCACUUUCCCCGGCUGAGGCACCAGGCAGCCCCUGACGUGCCCGGGCAUGGUUUGAGAGAAGCCGGAAGCCAGAGCCAUUCCCAGGAGGUUGUAUCUAAACAGUCACUCUUUAUUUUGGGAGGAGAAAGGUUUGCCAUGCAGAUGCAAGCUUGGCAGCGCUCGAUGGCCUCAGUUACAGAGAAUGGCCUCUGGACAGGUGUGUUUAACAGGCAGCAUCCCUCGUGCCCCACCUCUUCAUUCUCUUGGCCACCGAUAGGCUUUUCCCUGCCCACGGGUCAGUUCUGUCCUAGCAGGUCGCACAUCAUUCCCUCCCUUUUUUCCCCACCACGGAUCUGCUGGGCCUUCUCAGCUCCUGUGGCUCUUUGCUGUCCUAUCAGGUCUGGUGGGAUUCCUCCCUUCCAUUGGGGAGGGAGCACUCUGACCCUACUCAAAUUAAACAUACCAACUCAGACACCAGAAACAGUUUAGCCACAACAGCACAGAGCUCCGACCAGGCGCAUUUACAGUGCUGAACUCUGCUGCUGUGGCAGACCAACGCUGAGGUCUGCCUGGCCUUUGGCAGGAUGAACCCUGCCAGGCUGGUACCCGCUGGCUUGGCGCUUUCCUCCAUAAACUUCCUCCAGAAGGAGCCCAGCUCCGCCUGGUUAUGGCAGUGCCCUUGGGUGACUGUUCAUAGACGUGUCCACCCUUCCCUUUUGACCUCAGCCCCCCAGCCUUGUCUGGCUGGUACAGAGAUUUUGGGAACUGGAACGCUAAGGAUACGGUUCUAAUUUGGCUUAUUAAUAAAAACCCUGGCACUUAUAUAUUGAACCAUAUGUAAACAAACACUUCAGUCAAAUUAAUGCUUAUGUUUUUAAAGUACUUUUUAUUAGUAUUUGUGCUGGCAUUUGCACAGACCCCAACUCAGCAAAUAGCUGAAGUACGUGCUGGUAGCGCAGUGUGUAUGAAGUGCUUUAAGGAAGCAAAGUCAUUAAUAGCAUCUUCUUUUCUGCCACGUUUGGCAUAAAACUGCUCUGUUUCCUCCAAGGAGACGGAAAGAUGACUGAGCCCACCCUUACUCACUGUGUCUCUAAGAGAGGACAAAUCAAAUACAGUUUGCAGUCUGUAAGGCUUUCCUGCCAACGUGUCAGGUGGCCUGACUGGCACUUGCAGAAUUUUCAUUUCUUCCAUAAUUUGCCAAAGAUUAAAUAUUCCUCCCUUCCUCACCAUGAUCCAGCUGUGGAACUAUGAGGUUCCCCCUCCUGAUAGACACACGGAUACCAGGACCAUGAGCAUAGCAACUUGACUUCACUGGCAGACGUGCCCAUCGCAUGUUACUCCAACGUGUCUGACACCUUGUGUGUGGUGCUGUGCAUUACACUGGAAGAAACAAUAUUCAUAGAACAGUAUCUGCUUAAUCUAGGAGAAUAAACUGUAGAAGCCAGAUGUCCUGUUACACAUGAAACUCUGUCCAUCUGUUGUAUGGUUUCUUUAAGGUGGUGGAAAAAUCCAUGAGCUGAGGUUUAAGUUGCAGAGCUGGCAUUUCCAUUUAUUGCCUCUUCCUCUCCCCUCAGAGAAGGAGGCAGGAGCUUUGAGCCCCUUGGACAACUACUUCAUUGCCUCUCUCUGGAUUUCCAUCCUCUCAGAAGAGGUCUUUGACCAUUUCUGAAGUUGUAAAGAGUUUUAUGUUCUACACAGCAAAGUAAUUUCCCUCAUACUCUGCCUCUGCUUUCCAGCUGCAUACUGGAGACGGUGAAGCUAACCUAUAUAAACUGCUUUGAGAUUGGCGCUGAUGUGUGCUACAUGAGAGCUAGCCAUGAUAAUUUUGAUUUUCAAUGUCUUGUAUGACUUACCUGCAGAAGAAAAAACGUUGCUUGUUUUCUGAAAUAGUAUGUGAUCAUACUUCAGUAAAAUAAUGUUUUUUGAAGAACUGAACUAUCUCAAUGUGUUUUAUUAGUUAUUGAAAAUAAUCCCAAAUCACUGAUCUUUAUUAAUUAUUUCUUCUCCUACAAAUCUU